GAGAAUGCUCUAAAAAUAAUAAUAAUUGCAUGAGAUAGUAUCACAGAGCAUAUUGAAGACGUAUGUUUAGAAUAAUAAAUUAGAUCAACAACAAAAGGUGGUUAAAAAUUGAGUUAAUCAUUCAACCCUAAUGGAUUAAUAGGUUAAUCAUUGAGUCCAAAUUAGAAAGGUAAUUAAAGCAUGGGAUAAAAGAAAGGGAAUAAUAAUAAUAUAAAAUAAUAUUAACAGGAGCUUUUAAAAUUAAUGACUAGUCAGAAAUAAUUAUCAUCUGGAAAUAAGAAGGCAAAUAUGUCAGAUAUGAUGAGUUAACAAUAAAAGGAUAGUAAACGAAUGAAUUCUGGUUAAAGUUAACCAUAAAAAUCAUAACCAAUAAGUAAAAUGAGUUUUGUAAGUACAGGAAUAACAGUAAUAGUGAAUAAUGAGAAUCAACAAAUAAAGUUUAAUAUUGAAAGUUCAAAAACAACAGGAUGGUUAGAGUAAUACUUAAAAUAGGAAGUAAAGAAACAUUCAAUACAUUAAUAUUCAUCAACAGGUUCUUAGCCAGAUGAAAGGAAAGUAACAUGUGGUACAGGGAAUGAAUCUUCUGAUUUGGAAAUAGUAUCAUUCCAUACAGUUGAAAAGAAUCUACCAGUUGAUUAUUAUUUGUAAUAGACAAACAAAAGUUUAGAGAUCUUUAGUGGAUAAACAUUGAACUUAUAACCAUUUUAUGGUACUCCAUAAUAGAGCAAGAUAUCAUUGAAAGAUUUCAUUUUUGUAAAAUGUAUUGGAGUUGGGGGUUUUUCAAGAGUGUAUAUGGUAAAAAAGAAAUCAAAUGGAAGGUUUUAUGCAAUGAAAUUAAUAGACAAAGAGUUUAUAUUGUAGCAUAAAAAAUAAGGUAGUAUUUAUAAUUAAUAUAAAUAGGUAUUGUAUAGAAUGAAAGAGAUAUCAUGACUGUGUUAGAUCAUCCAUUUAUUAUAAAAUUGGAAUAUGCAUUUGAAUCUAAGAAUUUUAUAGUAUUUGUAUUGGAAUUCUGUAGUGGAGGAGAAUUAUUCUGGUAAUUAAGACAAGUCAAAAGAAUGACAGAAGAUUAAGCAAGAUUUUAUUUUACUGAAAUUUGUUUGGCUAUGUUUUAUUUGCAUUCAUUAUCAGUUGUCUAUAGAGAUAUUAAACCUGAGAAUAUUUUAAUAGAUUUAGAUGGUCAUAUAAGAAUAGCAGAUUUUGGAUUAUCUAAACCAAAUAUGACAGAAGAUGAUUAUGCAUAUAGUUUUUGUGGAUCACCAGAAUAUAUGGCUCCAGAGAUGUUAUUAAAAGUAGGACACAAUGUUUAAGUCGAUCAUUAUUGUUUAGGAGCAUUAUUAUAUGAAUUAGUUACUGGUUUACCUCCAUAUUAUUCUAGAGAUACAGAUGAAAUCUAUGAAUCAAUAUUGAAUGAAGAAUUAACAUUCCCAGAUAAACUAAAUUUAUCAUCUGACAUUAAAGUAAAUAUAAUAUAUAAGAUAUAUUAAGAAUUUAUUAUAAGGAUUAUUAUGUAAAUAACCAUCAGAAAGACUGGGAGCUCAUAAAGGAUUGAAUGAAUUACUCACUCAUUCUUGGUUUAAAGAUGUUGAUUUAGUUGCUAUUUUGUAGAAAUAGAUUGCACCUCCAUUCAAACCUAAUUAAUUAAAAUUCAAUUAUGAUUCUAAUGAUCUUAUGAAAGGAGAAUUAGAAACUAGAGAAAAGUUAUUAGGCAAAUCAGGAUUACAAUAAGAAAUUAGAAUCUUUAAAGCAUUCUACUUUGAUUCCUAUGAACAAAAAUAAAUGAAAUAAGAAUAAGCAAAAAUAUUGAAAUAACAUUUCAUGAUGGUUACUUAAUAAUAAUUAGCAUUAAAUACUAAAUUCAAACCUUAAAGAAAAAGCACUGAACCAAAAGAACAUCCAUCUAAACCAGCAUCUCCCUAAAUUAAUAACAACAAAUCAUAGAAACUCACUCCAGAGUAAUUUUAAUCUCUACAAAAACGAAUUAAAUCUUAGUAUAAUUAUUAUUCUAAUGUAUUCUAGAUAAUCUUCUAUUACUAAUGUAUAAUAAGUUAGUUCAAUUCCAAGUCCUGCUUAAUCUAAAGUCUAAGGAUUGAAAAGAAUCAUUUCUUAAAAUAACUUCUUUGCUGAUAGAUAAAAUACAUUACCUAAUGGAUAAAAAGAUUUAGAUUAUCAUCACUUAUUGUCAAACGUCUCUACAGAAUAAAUCCUACAUAAAAGAGUGUCUUCUUUAAAAUCAAAAAAAAAAUGA